AUGAACACAGUCGAUCAGCGACCCCGGAGAUAUUCGAACAGGGCCGGUGGUCGCUGGCGUAGCAGCUCGUGUUCCGUCGAUGAGUCUGUCUAUCCUGAAAGACGUCAUGUGGAUGUACGGCAUCUGGUUCAGCAAUUGGAGGAGUUGCAUGCUACAACGCCGACACAGGAACGAAUAAAGUACAUCACUAUUACUGGGUUGUUUGUUUUGUACAUGCACAACCGGUAUAUACAAUGGCAUCCCAAAUCUCCCAACUAUUGUGAAAGCAGCCAUUCGGAAUCGGUGCAGUCCGAAGAAGAGAUAGUUGUGAACGACACGGUUGGCUCAUAUCACUGGUCAGAAGCAACAUUGUUGGAUCACACUAACUUCAAUAUGCUUUUCUUCCUGUUGAUUGGCAUCCUGCUGUAUUAUCGUGCAAAGUUCUAUGCAUUCCAGCGAACAAAACUCCUAAAUUUGGACUUGCUGCCCCCGGUGGAGAAUAGAUGGCAACCUCCAAGAAGUCCGGAUGCUUUCAUUAAUAAUAACAACAAUAAUUUUUCCAAAACCAAUGGAUGGUCUCCUGUUGGACCACGUUCUUCUGCAUUUACUCGAUCGUUGGUUGAACAACCGCCUUCUUCCUCGGCAUCCCAAGCGUUUCUCGAUCUCAUCCCCAACGGCAUUGUCACCUCACGUACGACUCCGAAAGUCACUGUUACGAUGGCAGUUGGGGAGCCAGGAGCCCAUUCAGGAGUUCCCUCACAUCGUACUAAGGAGUCUACAACAACAAAGGUGACAGCGUCGGACACAGAACUGCUACAGUUGCUCUCUACUGGUGAGUUGAAAACUCGCGAUUUGGAAUCUGUUGUCGGUAAUCCAGUCCGUGCGGUGGAAUUACGUCGCCUUGAUCUGGCUCGACUUCUUUCCAUCCCCCAUGUAUUGGAACGUCUGCCUUACAAGGAAUACGACUAUCGUUUCGUCCAUGGCCAGUGUUGUGAAGAGGUACUGUAG